AUGAAAACUGCUUUUGCUCCGAUACCUACCGACUCCUGCAUUGUAUCCAUCAAAUAUGCGAACGUUGUUGGCUCAAAAAUUCCCCCAACAAAUUAUUCAACUUACCAAAUAUCUGAAGUUAAAUCGAUAACCGAGAAACGAACGUCUUUCCAGAAAUCGAUUGAGUUCAAGUCUUGGACCACAUUAGCUACUCAGUAUAUUGUUCCAGAUACUAUUUACCUUUACUUCUUGCAAUUAGUCUAUGCCUCCAACUCCCUCAGGAAUAUAAGAACUAUGUCGCCAUGUCCGAUUAGUCAAAUGAAUUUUAGCAUAAUCUCCAUUCAGUUGUCUACCGCAUCUCACUCGAUACUCCUCUCGGCAACGACGGAGUCGAUUCCAAAGUCAGUUCAGAGUUCGAUUACCAUCAUAAGUGCCCCACUUUCGUGCAACACUCCACUAACGUCGUUAAAAGAGCAUCCCUGCGGAACAUCACCCUCACAAUCGAAUUGGACGAGUCAUGUAUUUAAAGUAAACAAAAGCACAUCAAAUUCCCCGGUACAUUCCAUUCAACCACAAAGUUCUGUAUACGAGUAUGUUAUUACCCAACAUGCAAUAACAAUAUUUUUCACUCAACUCCAGAUCGCGGCAUAUUCUGGAUUUUUUUCGGAAAGAGGUGUGGCGGGUUAUACUACAGACCUUUGGCGCAUUCCUUUUGACAGUUAUCUCAAAAGUCAAAUAACACUUAGGACGUCGAGCGAAAACUUUAUUAGUCUGACAAAAGGAUUUUAUCCUGAUCUACAUCCAGGUCUUUCCAUUUUCAUAUUUACUGAAAAGAAACGGUCCUUGCAAAGCAUUAACACUGAUUUCAGUAUUACGUACAAGGAAUAUGCAAGCAUUGUUCGCACGAUAACACAUCUCAAAAGCAAUUCAUCUUGCAGAACGGGGGAGCCCAAGUACCUAACAGAAGGGAUAUGCACUUCGCCGCAAUCAACUGAACCUCUGCCGUGCAACACAAUGGCAGACCAACAGUUUAUCUCCAACUCCCAUUCUACUUCCUCCUUCAGCUCUUCCAUUUUUAUCACCAGCAUAUCAACACUGGCGAUUAGCCGAGUAAGUUUCAGUAUAAUUCCGAUGCAAAUUUUAUCUUCGGCCGUAUGCUACAAUCCAUUACUCUCCUCUCCAACAGAUAUGAAUUCCAAGAUCGAACGAAGUUCGAUUUUCAUCAUAAGUGCUAUCUUUCCAAGCCAAAUGUCACCAAUGCACUCAACAAAAUAUUUACGAAAGACAUGGGGUUUGCAUUCGAUUUAUACGAAUUCCACAUAUCAUACAAAAAAAAUCAUAUCAUUUUUAAAGGUGUACCAAACUCAAAUACAAACUUCGGCUUAUACACACCUGACAGUCGAGCAGCUUAGGGGAUCAUCUUCGACACCCUCCCUGAAUGCAGUGUACUCUGCACUAUAUUCGGUGAGUUGGUUGUUGGAAUAUGGAACAGAGUUUGCAUAUAUUCGUUCUAUGAGCUGUGGUACCGGUCAAGAAGUCGCUUUUGAAAACUCUACACAAGCAGUUUAUGCUUAUUAUUACCCAAGUGAUUCUAUUCAUAAAUAUACUCGGGAGAAAAUAACUUCGUGGUGGACUAACAGUUCUUCGUGGAUUAAGUCCAUUGAAUCCACCGGAAGCAGUUGUUCGGGAUUAUCCUUCCCCAUUCUCAAAAGUACUCAAAUGAAAAUUGAUUUUGUUUCGAUAUCUACCGACUCCUGCAUUGUAUCCAUCAAAUAUGCGAACGUUGUUGCCUCAAAAAUUCGCCCAACAAAUUAUUCAACUUACCAAAUAUCUGAAGUUAAAUCGAUAACCGAGAAACGAACGUCUUUCCAGAAAUCGAUUGAGUUCAAGUCUUGGAGCAUAUCAACUACCCAGUAUAUUGCUCCAGAUACUAUUUACCUUUAUUUCUUGCAAUUAGUCUAUGCCUCCAACUCCCUCAGCAACAUAAGAACCAUGUCGCCAUGUGCGAUUAGUCAAAUGAAUUUUAGCAUAAUCUCCAUUCAGUUGUCUACCGCAUCUCACUCGAUACUCCUCUCGACAACGACGGAGUCGAUUCCAAAGUCAGUUCAGAGUUCGAUUACCAUUUUAAGUGCCCCACUUUCGUGCAACCCUCCACUAUCGUCGUCAAAAGAGCAUCCCUGCGGAACAUCACCCUCACAAUCGAAUUGGACGAGUCCUGUAUGUAACGUAAACAAAAGCACAUUAAAUUCCCCGGUACAUUCCAUUCAACCACAACCUUCUGUAUACGAGUAUCUAAUUACCCAACAUGCAAUAGGAAUAUCUUUCACUCAACUCCAGAUCGCGGCAUAUUCUGGAUUCUUUUCGGUGAGAGGUGUGGCGGGUUAUACUACAGACCUUUGGCGCAUUCCUUUUGACAGUUAUCUCAAAAGUCAAAUAACACUUAGAACGUCGAGCCAAAACUUUAUAAGUCUGACAAACGGAUUUUAUCCUGGGCUACAACCAGGUUUUUCCAUUUUCAUAUUUACUGAAAAGAAACGGUCCUUGGAAAGCAUUAACACUGAUUUCAGUACUAUGCACAAGGAAUAUGCAAGCAUUGUUCGCACGAUAACAUAUCUCAAAAGCAAUUCAUCUUGCAGAACGUUGGAGCGCAAGUACCUAACAGAAGGGAUAUGCACUUCGCCGCAAUCAACUGAACCUCUGCCGUGCAACACAAUGGCAAAUCAACAGUUUAUCUCCAACUCCCAUUCUACUUCCUCCUUCAGCUCUUCCGUUUGUAUCACCAGCAUAUCAACACUGGUGAUUAGCCGAAUAAGUUUCAGUAUAAUUCAGAUGCAAAUUUUAUCUUCGACCGUAUGCUACAAUCCAUUACUCUCCUCUCCAACAGAUAUGAAUUCCAAGAUCGAACGAAGUUCGAUUUUCAUCAUAAGUGCUAUCUUUCCAAGCCAAAUGUCACCAAUGCACUCAACAAAAUAUUUACGAAAGACAUGGGGUUUGCAUUCGAUUUAUACGAAUUCCACAUAUCAUACAAAAAAAAUCAUAUCAUUUUUAAAGGUGUACCAAACUCAAAUACAAACUUCGGCCUAUACACACCUGACACUCGAGCAGCUUAGGGGAUCAUCUUCAACGCCCUGCUUGUAUGCACCAUAUUCGGUGAGUUGGUUGGUGGAAUAUGGAACAGAGUUUCCAUAUAUUCGUUCUAUGAGCUGUGGUACCGGUCAAGAAGUUGCCUUUGAAAACUCUACACAAGCAGUUUAUGCUUAUUAUUAUCCAAGUGAUUCCAUUCAUAAAUAUACUCGGGAGAAAAUAACUUCGUGGUGGACCAAUACUUCUUCGUGGAUUAAGUCCAUUGAAUCCACCGGAAGCAGUUGUUCGGGAUUAUCCUUCCCCAUUUUCAAAAGUACUCAAAUGAAAAUUGAUUUUGUUUCGAUAUCUACCGACUCCUGCAUUGUAUCCAUCAAAUAUGCGAACGUUGUUGGCUCAAAAGUUCCCCCAACAAAUUAUUCAACUUACCAAAUAUCUGAAGUUAAAUCGAUAACCGAGAAACGAACGUCUUUCCAGAAAUCGAUUGAGUUCAAGUCUUGGACCACAUUAGCUACUCAGUAUAUUGUUCCAGAUACUAUUUACCUUUACUUUUUGCAAUUAGUCUAUGCCUCUAACUCCCUCAGCAACAUAAGAACCAUUUCGCCAUGUCCGAUUAGUCAAAUGAAUUUUAGUAUAAUCUCCAUUCAGUUCUCUACCGCAUCUCACUCGAUACUCCUCUCGACAACGUCGGAGUCGAUUCCAAAGUCAGUUCAGAGUUCGAUUACCAUCAUAAGUGCCCCACUUUCGUGCAACACUCCACUAACGCCGUUAAAAGAGCAUCCCUGCGGAACAUCACCCUCACAAUCGAAUUGGACGAGUCCUGUAUGUAAAGUAAACAAAAGCACAUUAAAUUCCCCGGUACAUUCCAUUCAACCACAAACUUCUGUAUACGAGUAUCUAAUUACCCAACAUGCAAUAACAAUAUCUUUCACUCAACUCCUGAUCGCGGCAUAUUCUGGAUUCUCUUCGGAGAGAAGUGUGGCGGGUUAUACUAUAGACCUUUGGCGCAUUCCUUUUGACAGUUAUUUCAAAAGUCAAAUAGCACUUAGGACGUCGAGCGAAAACUUUAUAAGUCUGACAAACGGAUUUUAUCCUGAUCUACAUCCAGGUUUUUCCAUUUUCAUGUUUACUGAAAAGAAACGGUCCUUGGAAAGCAUUAACACUGAUUUCAGUGUUACGUACAAGGAAUAUGCAAGCAUUGUUCGCACGAUAACACAUCCCAAAAGCAAUUCAUCUUGCAGAACGGGGGAGCCCAAGAACCUAACAGAAGGCAUAUGCACUUCGCCGCAAUCAACUGAACCUCUGCCGUGCAACACAAUGGCAGACCAACAGUUUAUCUCCAACUCCCAUUGUACUUCCUCCUUCAGCUCUUCCGUUUGUAUCACCGGCAUAUCAACACUGGUGAUUAGCCGAAUAAGUUUCAGUAUAAUUCCGAUGCAAAUUUUAUCUUCGGCCGUAUGCUACAAUCCAUUACUCUCCUCUCCAACAGAUAUGAAUUCCAAGAUCGAACGAAGUUCGAUUUUCAUCAUAAGUGCUAUCUUUCCAAGCCAAAUGUCACCAAUGCACUCAACAAAAUAUUUACGAAAGACAUGGGGUUUGCAUUCGAUUUAUACGAAUUCCACAUAUCAUACAGGAAAAAUCCUUUCAUUUUUAAAGGUGUACCAAACUCAAACACAAACUUCGGCUUAUACACACCUGACAAUCGAGCAGCUUAGGGGAUCAUCUUCAACACCCUCCCGGAAUGCAGUGUACUCUGCACUAUAUUCGGUGAGUUGGUUGGUGGAAUAUGGAACAGAGUUUGCAUAUAUUCGUUCUAUGAGUUGUAGUACCGGUCAAGAAGUCGCCUUUGAAAACUCUACACGAGCAAUUUAUGCUUAUUAUUACCCAAGUGAUUCUAUUCAUAAAUAUACUCGGGAGAAAAUAACUUGGUGGUGGACUAAUAGUUCUUCGUGGAUUAAGUCCAUUGAAUCCACCGGAAGCAGUUGUUCGGAAUUAUCCUUCACCAUCUUCAAAAGUACUCAAAUGAAAAUUUAUUCUGCUCCGAUAUCUACCGACUCCUGCAUUGUAUCCAUCAAAUAUGCGAACGUUGUUGGCUCAAAUAUUCCCCCAACAAAUUAUUCAACUUACCAAAUAUCCGAAGUUAAAUGGAUAACCGAGAAACGAACGUCUUUCCAGAAAUCUAUUGAGUUCAAGUCUUGGAGCACAUUAACUACUCAUUAUAUUGUUUCAGAUACUAUUUACCUUUACUUCUUGCAAUUAGUCUAUGCCUCCAACUUCCUCAGCAACAUAAGAACCAUGUCGCUAUGUCCGAUUAGUCAAAUGAAUUUUAGUAUAAUCUCCAUUCAGUUGUCUACCGCAUCUCACUCGAUACUCCUCUCGACAACGACGGAGUCGAUUCCAAAGUCAGUUCAGAGUUCGAUUACCAUUUUAAGUGCCCCACUUUCGUGCAAGACUCCACUAUCGUCGUCAGAGGAGUAUCCCUGCGGAACAUCACCCUCACAAUCGAAUUGGACGAGUCCUGUAUGUAAAGUAAUCAAAAGCACAUUAAAUUCCCCGGUACAUUCCGCUCAAUCACAAACUUCUGUAUACGAGUAUCUAAUUACCCAACAUGCAAUAGGAAUAUCUUUCACUCAACUCCAGAUCGCGGCAUAUUCUGGAUUCUUUUCG